AUGACUAAUUCAUAAAAUAAAUAGCUUAUUAAUGUUCUAGUUUAUUGUAAUUAUAUUUCUAAUCAUGCUCCACUUAAAGCAUUAAUAAAAUUGAUAUUAUAAUAAGCUGAUAACAUUUACUUUAAAUAAUCUUUUAAUAAUCUUUCUCUUGAAUUGUAUUAAAGAGCCAAAUAAUAUUAAAGAGAAGCCAUUCAUAAAAAUACAAUUCGUAGUACUAAUGAACAUUAAUCAUCUUUGAAUGUUCAAUCUGCUUAUAUGACUAGUCAUUCAUCAAAUAUAUUAUUUCCUAUAUUAAUAGAAACUAUUCAAAGUAAAAUUAACUUUUGGAGUAAAUUAAUUAAUGGAUAUUAAGAUAUUGAUCAUUAUUUACUUGAGUCACUCAAAACAACUCAAAAGAUGUUAUAAUGUAAAAAAGAAAUAGAACAGAGAUUUGAUAUGAUUAAUAAUAAAUUAAAAAGUUAACAAUAAUCAGAUAUAUUGACAUUAAGAAUUAUUUAAAUUUAUUAUUCAGGAAUAUAUUCUAAUGCAUUUUAAGCAUAUUAAAUAGAAAAAUCAAUUGAAGAACUUAUAAAAAAUGAAAGAUAUAAACAAGAUGAAACCUUAGAUAAUAUGUAAUUGAUACAAAGUAUUUAAAUAUUAUAUAUAAUUUAAUAGAUAGAUUAAUAAUUUUGAAAUCUAGUCUUGUAAGAAAGAGAGGAGAACUACUAAACUUAAAUGUUAGAUAAUUGGCUUUAUUCUUAAAUGAAAAUGAAGAUAGUCUUAAAAGUAUUAAACAUUGCAAUUAAUUAAUGCCAAAUUUCAUUUCAUCAAUUCAUGAAAAAUUAAUGGAUAAUUAUUUAUAAAGAGGAUAUUCAAAACUUAUGAUAAAUGGUGAAGCAACCUUUUGUUAAAAUAUUACAGGAUAUAUAGAAUAAUGUAGUUUGAAUUUAUUCAACUUUUUUGAUGAUAAAGAUGAUUUUAUUCUAAAUAUGAUUAUUACAAAAUAAUAAUCAAAUAAUGAAAUCAUUUUAUUUGGUAUUGAUGGUAAAAUAUUAGGAUUUACAAAAUAUUUUUAUGAAGAAGUAUUGUAAAAUAAUGUCAAAAUGAAUUUAUCACAUCAAACAACUAAAGAUUAGAAUGUAUUAAAAAUAACUGUUAAAGAAUUCUUAAACAAAAGUCCAUUAAUUUAAUUCUAUAUUCCUGGAAUAGCUAAUUAAGUUUAAGAGUUAAGACAAUAAAUAGUAUCAUCUUCUAAUUAUUUGAUGAAUAAUCUCAAAUCAUUUUGGAUUAUACCAAAUAAUCAUUUAGAAUGUUUAUAAAAUUCUUAAUUAAUAUUUUCUUAAUUCAAAAAAAGAAGUUAUGGAUCUUAAUAAAAUUUUAGAUCCUACAAAUCCUAAACAUAUUCAAAAUAUUCUUACAACACUAUAAACACAUAAUUUGAUAUGUAAUAUGAUGAUUCUGAAAUGCCAUCAGAAUUAAAAUCCAAUAUAUCCAUCAAUGGUAUUCCUAUUCUAAUAUUACAUCCUGAAGUGGAACAACAAAUAUCAAAACUAGUUGAAAUUACUGACUCCUUAUCUAAAAUACCAUAGACAGGAGUCUUUUAUAGUCUUUAAUUUAAGACAUUGAAUUUCAAAAGAGGAAAUUAUGGUUAUUUUAUGUUAACAAUUAAAGAUUUCAAAACUAUUGCAAAUUAAACAAUUAAUAAUUAAUAAACUUCUAGAACUUAACAAUCACUUUAUUAAACUCUAAUACCAUCGUAAGAAUUUUCUAUUAGCAAUACAAAAAGUCCUAAUUCAUUUUUUUAAGAUAUUAGAAGUGAAAAUCCUGAUGACUCUUAAUAUCAUGCUAUUUAAGAAAUAAAGUAAAUGAAUAACAAUUUAAAACUUAAUGAGAGUUCUGCUGUUGCUGAUAAUAGUUUUAAAUUUUAAUUAAAAUAAUCAGAUAGGUCAAAUCUAUUUGAUUCAAGUAGAUAACCAUUAUUUGCUAGACCUAAAAUUUUAGAAAUCGAUAUAAAUGAAGAAGUAGAACAAAUUGAAUUAGAUAUGCAAGUAUAUUAUAUAUAUCCAUAUAGGUAAUAAAAGAAAUAAAGUAAGAUUAAAUAGAAGAUGAAUAGGAUGAAGGCGAAAAAAAGGUUUAAUCUGUAAGUUAAAGCUAAAAAAAAAAAAGCUCAAAUAUUCUUUUGAAGUUUCAAACAAAAUAAAUAAAAAACAAAGAAAAUGAUUUUGCUUCUAAUCCUUCAAGAACAUCAACAAAUUCUACUUCAAAAGAAUCUUUAUUAAUUGUAUAAUAGCUUUAUCAUAAUACCUAACUUAUUACUCCCUUAAAAAAAAUUGCAGUUUUAUUGUUUAUAAUAUGUUCAGGUAUUCUUAUUAGUAAUAUUAUUAAUGUUUAAUUUAUUUCUGAAAAUCUAAUAUCUUAAACUAAUCAACUUGCAACACUAAGACAGCCUUAAAAUAUCAAUUAUUUUUAUACCUCUGAAAUAUUGCAGGAAUUGUACUUAAUAUUGAUAAAAAAUAAAUUAAUAACACUCAGUCCUUUUAUGUUCUAAAGAAAUCUAGAUACAUUACAAGGAAUGUAUGAUUAUGCUAGAACUACAUAAGUAAAUUUAGCAAUCAUUGUACCUAGAUUAUCAAUGGAGUAAAAUCUAUAGACGACUAUGCAAACAAAAUUUUAUUAAGAAAACUCCAUUGUUACAAUAGAGUAUCCUUUGGAAGAAUUUUAUUCAAUAUUAUACUAAAAUACAGAGACUUCUUACAGAAAAUUUAUAAAUAAUGGGAGUAUUGAUUUUCCAUAAUUAAUGCCUUAAGGUGUGGUUAGACUAAAUUUAUUAGAUAUGUUGGACUUUCAUAAUCAAUUAAUUGAAGUUAUAAUUGAAAAUACAAUUGAUAAGUAAACUUAAGUUAAGUCUUAUUUUUUAUCAGUUAUGUUUGGUGAAAUGUUUAGCAUAUUUUUAAUAAUAGGAAUACAAUUAAAAUAUUGGUUAUUUAUUGAUCAUAUUGUAAAGUCAAUAUUAUUUUUAAUUUCUAGACUAAAUGAAAAUUAAGCAUUGGAUUAAAUGAAUCGAUUAUCCUUAAUUAAGGAAUAAUUGGAUAAUUAAAUAAAUGGAAAUUGGAAACUUUUUAAUUUUGGUGAUAUAAUGUAUGGUUUUUCUGAAAAAAAAGCCAAAAAAGUAAUUUUGAAAUCAAGUGUUGAGACAGGUCAAAAUAAUAUCAAAGCAACAAGUGCUUUAUAUUCUCGAAUAUAAAGAACAUAUUAUUUAAAUAGAAUUAAUGCUUUCAUUACUUUUAUUAUUACAAUACUUCUUACUGUAUAUCUAAUGGCAGGAUUCUUAUUACAUAUGGCAAAAAAUGAUAAUUUUUAACCAUCCCUAACAGUCACAUUGAAAUUUGUGUAGGUAAGACAUAACAUGGAUUCUUUAACUCUAUUGGGUGGUAUAAUUAAAACAGAACCAAUUAUUCCAAAUCUUAAUCUUGAAUAUUUAAAUUAAACUAAAGCUUGUUAACUUUUAAUUUAAUAUAGAGAUAAUUUGUCACCUUUAAUUAAUGAAGUAGCUUAGGUAAUUUUAGAGAAUGCUAAUGCAAAUAAUGUAAAAAGCCGGUUUGAUACAAUACUUAAUUAUGAUUUAUGUCUUUCAUCAACAGUUGAUGCUAUGCCUAUUUGUGAUUUGUCAACAAUUAAAUUAUAAUAUGAUUAGUAAUUUUAUAAUAUAUUAUUGUAUAGAAAAGAUAAUUACAAAAGUAUAAUAAGUAAUGGAGCAUUAGGUUACACUGCAGGAUUAAUAAAAUUUAUAAAUUAAGAAUUUGAUUAUGAAAUUUAGAAUUUAAAAUAUAAUGUAAAUGAGACAAAUAAGGUAGUUAUUUAAUAAUAAUCCUUUUAAAAUUUUAUACUAUAGUACUUCACUGAUAUUUAGACAAUCAUGAGAUAAUUUUUGGUAUUAUUUUAAGAGGAUAAUCUUGCUAUAGCAGAAGGAAUUAUAAGUGUUGUUCAAGUGUAUUAUUAUGGUGUAGGAACAUGGUAUAAAUAAUAUAUUAAUUAGUUUAUUUUUAUUCUAUAUAAUUUUGAGUAUUAUUUGGGUUUACAAAUCAUAAAUGAAGAUUUAAUCUUUGAGAUAGGUGUUGGUUCUGAUACCACCUGAUCACAUUUUAACAACAAAUGUUAGAAGUCAAGCAAAAAGUAUACAUUAAAUGUUGUAUUGA